AUGGUCCGAAAUAUUGUUGUCAUGGGGGGUAAUUCCCACCCGCAACUGACGGAGACGAUAUGCAGUGUUCUCGGCGUCCCUCCUGCCGACGUAUUACUGUCGAAAUUCUCCGUCGGCGAAACCAGGGUGGAGAUCCAAGAAUCCGUUCGCGAGAAAGAUGUUUAUAUCAUCCAGUCUGGCGGUGGCAAGGUGAAUGACCACCUCUUGGAGCUUCUCAUCACGAUUUCUGCGUGUAAAACCGCAUCGGCGAAGAGAGUCACCGCCGUGCUCCCGUUGUUCCCAUACUCGCGCCAGAGCGAUAUCCCGUAUAACAAGGCCGGGGCUCCUCUGGUUAAGAACUCGGCUGGAAGCAAGUCUGCCAACGGCUAUACCUUCGAAAGUACCCCGUCCACCCCACACCCUGGACACGCCGACAGCGCCGGCCUUAUGAACGGUGUCGAGAGUCUCCAAAAGAGUCUCGCCAAGGCUCAAAUUGAUGACCAGGCCAACGGUAGCCCUGUCAAGGGCCGCCCUGUGAAUGGUCUCUCUCGCAGCAACACCCUUGAUUCGGCCAAGUCGACAAGCACUGUUGGAAACGGGAUUCUCAAUGACGAGAACGCAAACAAGAUCAACACUUUCCAGCCUCGUCCCGGCUACAAACAGUGGGUAGCGCAGGCGGGCACUUUGGUCGCGGAUCUGCUGACCUGUGCCGGCGCGGAUCACAUCAUCACCAUGGACCUGCACGAUGCGCAGUACCAAGGAUUCUUCGAUAUUCCCGUGGAUAACUUAUAUGGGAGACCUCUUCUGAAGUCUUACAUUCAGCGGAAUAUCCCUAACUACAAACAAUCUGUGAUUGUCAGCCCCGACGCUGGCGGAGCCAAACGUGCCACCGCCAUUGCGGACUCUAUGGGCAUCGAGUUUGCUCUGAUCCACAAGGAACGACGGCCGACGCGCAUUACCGACCGCCAAAACGCGACCAUGAUGCUGGUCGGAGAUGUCAAGGGCCGGACGGCAAUCCUUAUUGACGACCUGGCUGAUACGUCGAACACCAUCACUCGGGCUGCUAAGCUGUUGAAGAAGGAGGGCGCCGCCCAGGUUCUUGCCUUGGUGACGCACGGCAUCCUCAGCGGUGAUGCCAUUGACCGCAUCAACGCCAGCGCCCUCGACAAGGUCAUCGUGACCAACAGUGUGGACCAAGCGGACCAUUUACAACGGUGCCCCAAGCUGGAAGUUCUGGAAGUUGGCCACGUUUUCGCUGAGGCCAUUCGUCGCGUCCACCACGGAGAGAGUAUCAGCGUUCUCUUCCAGUAUGACUAA